CUUUCAAGACUCCAAACAGCUGUCGUCGCUGUUUGAUAACGACAAUUUUUCGAACAGUGAAAUACGUCUGUGGUUAGACUUUUGAGUGUAUAAUGUGUCGAUGAAUUCAACCGAAAAGAUGACAUCAUAUGCCGCGGGGCCAGCCUCCUAGCUCCCCCACCGGCAACAAUGGACUUUCCCUGGCUGGGAAGCCGGUCCCUCGCUGAUCAAUAGCAGUUUGGUAAAAGGCUCGUUCCAAUAUGGAGAUCUGUGGUUGGGAUCACGGUCAGAGGACGGAUAAAGGGACCUACGCUCUCGUCCCUCCGACUUGGGAUACGAUAUCGGAAUUAUACAAACAAGUCGUCAAAUUUGUCAGUCAUUUUCCCUUCAAAAAACGCCUGGUUCUGUAUUUUGUGUUCCGUGGAACCAGUGUGAAGGUUGACUUGGGAGAUGCCAAGGCAGCAGGCGUGGUAUGUGUCCUUGGCAUUGGGGUCGGCCUGGGGUCACUGCUGGUGUACAAGUUGUACUACAACUACAUCCGACCCAUCUUCAACAGACAGGGGUCCGACACCAGCGCGACGACAAAGGACAUAUAUCAGGAAGAUGACUGCUGUUUCUAUUCAGGAUCCUCUGACGGUGCUGCCAACGCAGACAUGGGAAAUGUUGAGGGCGGGAAAGUGUGCCCCCCCACAAGUCAUGACGACUCAAAUUACGGAGUUGCCUUUUCCAAGAAGUCUGACAAGUGUGACAUAACACCCGACUAUGACUCAGUCAGGAUGCGGAAGAAAGGUCGGCGGCAGUCGUCACUGAAUUCAGACAAGGACUCGGCCAUUGGCGGUGCGUCCGAGCUUGGUCAGUCCUUCUACAGUGACGGCGGUAUUAACCGCGACUCUUUCUACUCUACAUGCACAGCGGAAAGUGGCUUUGAAAAUAUGCCUGAUAACUUUGAUGAUGCAAGCAGUGUGGGUGAAGGCUACACAUUAUCACGAUAUCCCUCUCUGAGCCAGUCCUUGCAGGUCAACUUCAGUCCUAAGUCCCUCAAUAAUAAAAAUAGACAAUCUGCUGACGUUUCAUAUGGAUCAGACGAAAAGUCUGGUAUCACCAUUCAAAACGGUGACACGCUAGACCACAGUAGCAUCUUAUUGACGCCCCCAUCAGAGGACGAAAUAUCGCCAUCACAUUCACACCUUUCUGGUGAUCGGAAAAAUCCAUCAGACAGUACUACUGGACAUUUGCAGGUAGAUAGAUCGGACAAAAGUCAUUCGUUAAGUGCGGAAUAUGAUGCUUCCCUAGAGAUUUCUGAAUCAUUACAAAGCUACAGUGGAGGGACGGGGAGUCUGGGGGACUGGAGUUGUGACGAGGAGGAGCGUGAUACCAUGUCCCCCCUCCCCAUCAUCCAGGAAUCUUUGUCAGACUAUCAGUUCAAACAAUCGCUUCUCCAGCGACUCCGAGAGUGGUCAAGUUUCUCUGUAGACGACAAAUCCCGAUCACCCACUCCCGAGCGUUUGACAGUGUCUCGGACUCUCAGGAGAAGCCGAAGCUUAGAUAGGACUAUGUCGGAUGUGUGUACUCCUGAUAGUGAGCUUUUUGACAAUGAGUUGAUUGAUUUUAGUGUCCAUACUACCAAAAACUUAGAGCAUAUUGAGGAUGAGCUUCAGGAUAUACAGGAUGAGUUCUCAAUGAUCACGUCGCAGCUCUCAGACUUGAUACAUCGUGGGGAUGAACCAGAAAAGAAGCCAAAAGAACAUCGAGAGAGGAGCCCAAUGGCCAGACGUGCGUCGGAAAUUGUUCACAGAGCACGUACAAGAUGGGAAAGGUCGCCGAGUCAUUCGUAUUCCGACUCGGAGCGAUCGUCUCGGGAAGGUAGCGUGGAACUAGCCUGGGACCUUGGAGAUAUUGGUGACGAUGAACUACCUCGGACUAUGAGGAACAGAAGAAGGUUCCGGGCCAGACGACAGAACACGCUAAUUCCCGAGGAGCAAACUGAUGGUAGUGAACUUAGUCUCUCGUCUUCGUGUGACAGCUCCCCGUUCAAGAUGGCCGCCGAUACUAGUGUAGGGCAGUCACAAACAGAUCUAUCUGAUGGUGACUUGGAGGAGGACAGUGUGCCGGGAGCCAUCAGUCAGCCAUCACAUCGAACCCAAAGCAAACCUCGGGGGAGAUUAAAAAACAUCAGUGGCGGAGUGAACAUUGAGGACUAUGCAGAGAGAGAGUGGCAGGGGGACACGCCCAAGGCCAACGCCAUCAGACAGGCUUACGCUUCUAUACCAGGACUGAUCAACUGCCAGCGCUUAAAACAAAUCAGGGGAGACAACUACUGUGCCGUGCGAGGCUGUUUGUACCAAAUCCUGAGUGAGGGCCACCAUGUGACAAAGACCUGGCCAGGCAUAGUGGAUACUAUCAACAAACUACAUCAGUUGUAUCAGGAUCCUGGUUCGGGGCUCCAGCAGUGGACCUUCGCGGGACGUCUUCCUGCUACGGAUGAAAACAGACUCACACGCAUGUGUGAAUGUAUGCUUUCUCUGUACUCAACGAUUGAGGAUAUAUGCAAACUUCCAUCCUAUGAACAACGGGCCAAAUACACAUCUGACCUGCUGAACUCUGACCCUGUCACUGACCUUGAACUCAUGGAAGGGGUCAAACUGCUAAUGGCCUUGAACUCAAUUGAACUCCAACAUGCGAGUGAACAGGGCGAGGACGUUCCUCUGUUUGUGUGGCUUAUGUUCGCCAGGGACUCCUGCCAGAAUGUGUCCGACUUCGUCAAGAAUCAUCUCAAUGUUGUGGGCGACUCUGCAGGCCUUGAGCAGGUUGAGAUGUGUCUGCUGGGUCACUCGUUGGGUGUGUCGAUACAGGUGGCACGUCUCCAGAACGUCUCCCAAGAAGACUUCCUCGUCAAAUUCCCCGACACCUCCCCAGAAAAAUGGCCGACGAUCAACCUGUUGGCUGAAGAUGACCGACACUAUAAUGUGCCUAUCCCAUAAUCCCCGGGACCAAACCUGGAGCUGUGUUUUCUUUGUAGAGUUAGCUCCCCUGUCGGUCUGCACCAUAACCUUGACAUUAGCUAUCUGUGAUCUUUGACCUAAAGAAUGUGGAUUCAUCUAGCGCACCUACGUUGAUUCACUUGUAACAAAAUUGUGAUAUUGUUGAAAAAACUGUAUCUUGAAUGUUUGUAACACAAAAUAUCAGAAGUGUCCUGAAGAAAUGUGUGUUGUUUGUUUUAGAUGUAUGACAAGAAAUAAACACUUAAAUGAGGCUACUAUCCAGAAUUGUGACAGCAUUGAGCUAUUUGGGGAAAUUACAGCUGGAACAUUGAUUACUCAGAGAAGACAUUUUACUGUGUGAUGUCAAAAAAUAUUUUAUA